ACUCCGAAACAAACGCGCUCCAAAUUGUUGAACCAAUGUUAUGGAAGUGGCUAGAGGACAACUUCAAGUACCGGCGAAAGGGUGGCUUUAGUUUUGGACGAAGAAGAAAUUCGGUUUUAGAAGUAAGCGGGACUCACAAGAUCACACGGCAACAGUACCAAGCAUUGCUGACAUGCAUCGAUUAUUUAGAAAAACACAUUGGCGUGUAUGGACUAUUCGUGGUAGGCGGCAGUACGAUGCAUGUGAAAAAAAUAUACGAAAAAAUUAAAUCCGGAUACCCAAAUCUGUUCGAUUACCUCCGCGCCGUGCACGCACCGAGGGAGUGUGCAAUGGCUUUCCAUCAAUUUCUUUCCCUGUUCCAAGUGCAGGUACUUCCGCAGCGUUGCAUCGACGUCGUCUUAGGCGAUGUGGUCGGUGUUCCGAAGCGUCUUAUCGCACUGGACGUUCUUAACCUUCUGCACGAAGAGUUCGAUGAUACGCGGCUACACUUUGCCAAGCGAUAUUUGCAACUGAUGCGCCGUUACACUCUGUACGGCUAUCUUCGGCCGAACGAAGUGCACGUCGUCAUUACACCGUACCUUGCACUGUCGAAAGUUUUCCCCGGACCAGAUACUCGAUCGAACAUGAAAACGAAAACGAUGACACUAUUGGAGCUGUUUCUACUGGCCCAACUGCUAGAUGAUCCGAUCUCACUCUCCGAACAAUUGCAUCAAGCUUGUGCAUCGUAUUGGCAAACGAACGAGGACUAAAGGCAUCAAGAUAAAGAUGGUGUAGCGUUACCAAUUAACCCUGGCAUGCUU